AUGCAGUCUCCGGUCUGUGGGAGGUGUCUCCGGCUAUCGCAGGCAUGCUAUAGGGGAGAACUUGGCAAUCAAUCUGGGGAAAGUAUUGCUUACUACGACCAGCUUGGCAAUGCUUCAAAUUCAACCAACCAACAUCCAAGACAAUCCGUCACAAAGAAGUCCGACAAGACGAAUCAUGACCACCCGAGAUCCCUGGGAGAUUGGUCCGAUAUUCUACAUUACUUUGUCGAUCACGGGCUCAUCCGGGGUCUAAUUGCUGCCUGCAGGCUCCAAACAUUCGUGCCACAACUGCCAGUGGAUCCUAAGCAAGCUGCAUGUACCUAUGGAGCUGCCUUAACUUCGAGUCGCGAAGCGAUACAGCGAGGCUGGCAGGUUGCGGACGAUACAGUACUGGUAAUCACAUUGCUUCUCUAUACAUAUGAGCGGUACUAUUGGGCAGAAGGGGGUUCAAGUCGCAGCUGGAUGAUCCAUAUCCAAGCAGCAAUCAGUCUCGUACAGGCACGCAGUUUGAAACAGGUUCAGACGAAGGUUGGACGCGUGAUAUUUCGAAAAGCGAGAGAAAUCAUUCUUGACGUCGCAUUCUGUAACAGUGUGGUACCUCCUUACUUUCUCAUUCUGGGCAGUCAGGCGAUGGGCAGAGACGUCUUAUACCAUGCCCAUGAUCAGCUUGCAGUUCUUGAGACUAGAGUCAUUGUCCUGUACCGGCAGUAUCACCGCGGCGAUCUUGACCAAGUCUUCCUCCAGACUGCUCAUACCCUUCAGCAGGAUCUCACAUACAAGCAAAAGACCACCACCCGCCCAAGGUGGAAUUCCCUUAGGUAUGACCAAGAUAGCAUUCUGAUCUAUGCUGACGGACAAGAGAAAGAUGAUGAAUACUUGACCGCGUUACAAGAUUUAUGGAACAGUGCUAAGCUACAUAUACUUCGGCUGGUUAUUUGUCGCAUUCAAAGUGCUGUUUUCCGAAAGCUUUGGAACACCUCUGAAGUUGGAUUUGAAGAGCUUGUCCUCUGUUGCCAUAACUGCCCAACUCGCACUUCUGAGGAUAUGUGUAGCAGCGCAGCGUAUGUCAUGAGCGUCAUUGGGUCUAUACCUUUAUCAAUGCAUUUGCCAUCCGCCACAAUGGGAAUGCACGGCGCUAUGUUAGCAGCAUCAUCAUGCCUGGAGAGCGAGCUCGAGGAGUUAACUUUAGCAUCCUGCAGCGGGCAAAACGACGCCAUGAUCACCCCAACGCAGCUGCGUUCCAUGAGUCAAAGCAGCAGAUGGUUUACAGAAUGGUCAAGAAUGAUUGCGUCAAAUAUUUAUUUGCAUGUUCUUCAAAGUCCAAACGAGUCCUGCGAGCAUUCUUCUUUAGAUUGA